AUAAAGCUGGUUCGGUCUCGAUCUGUUCUCUGUUCUUCCUCUGAUCCUUCAUCUACUACCUCGACUACUGUUCUCUGUUGAUUCAUACUCUGCUCACAUCGCAAUGGACUCAACCAUCUCAAGAUCCUCCGUCCAGCGUCUCGUCGCGGUCGGCUCCUUUGCCCUUGCAAUCAUCACAAAUUUCUACUACCUCUCCGGCCGCGGAAUCGCAGGGAAUCACCAGUCCGAAGCCUUCCACCUCGAAUACACCCCCUUCACCCCCAACAUCGUCUUCCUCUUUUUCUUCUGGAUCGCCUCCUACCUCGCCCAGGUCGCCUUCCUGCACCAGCUCUUCGCCGGCUCCUCUGACGCCCAAAAGGACGCCUCGCAGGCGGCUUACUUCCUCUCCGCCUUCAACCUCCUGCACUUCCUCUGGCUCGUCCUCCUCGCGCACGCCCACUUCAUCCUUGCAGAGUUCGUCGUCGUCCUCAACUUCCUCCUCACCGGCGCGCUCUACUGGUCCAAGCGCACCCAUAACCUCUCCCCUCCCCUCAAGUGGCUCACGAUCCACUUCGCCGCCUCAGCUCUCCCGUUCGCCUGGUGCCUCUUCGCCAUCUUCUGGACCGGUGCCGUCGCCGUCCACGCGCACAACCUCUUUGCGCGCAUCUUCGCAAACAUCUUCAUCUGGGUCCUCUACCUCUUCCCCACCGCUUCCCUCCUAGUCUUUGCUGACUGGGGCUUUGCCUUUGCCUCUGCCUUUCUCGUCUGGGGCCUCGCGGUCGGCCAGAUCUUUGUCAAGACCUUUGCGCUGCAGUGGAUUUUUGCCUUAAUUAUCGCUGCCUUGCUCACCGUCCAGGGUGCGGUCGUCAUGUUUGCCACGGGAUUCAAGGGACUCUUGCCUGCUGACACCCAGGCUUCGAUCGAGGACGGCAUCGAAAACGUCCAGAACGCUGUUCGCGGUGAGGAAACCCCGCUCAUCAACUGAUCUCCAUAACUUAUUACUCCAGAGAUGAAAAGAAAAGGAAAAGAAAAAGUGCAUUCACUCAUUCACUACUUGAAAAAAUUUCAAUUACUAUACAAAAAUAAAUGUCUACAUGUAACGCCUAACACUUUGUAGCGGCGCGCUUCUACAUAUAAUUUGCCCA